AUGGGGCAGAGCGAGUCGGAGCCGCAGGAGGAGGCGGAGGACGCGUCGCUGACGGCCGCGCUGCCCAAGUUCUUCGCCGAGGAGCAGCUGCAAACGGGCGCGGUGCUGGGGGCCAUGCUGGGGCUCGGCRUCGUCGUGGUCCUCGUGGCCGCCGUCAUCGCGGUGCUCGUGCGGCGGCUGCGGCUCAAGAAGGUGCCAGCGCAGGAGCCACCCAAGUACCGYUUCCGCAAGCGGGACAAGAUGCUCUUCUACGGGCGCAAGAUCAUGCGCAAGGUCUCCCAGUCCACCUCGUCCCUGGUGGACACCACCAUCUCCAGCACCUCGCGGCCCCGCAUGAAGAAGAAGCUCAAGAUGCUGAACAUCGCCAAGAAGUUCCUGCGCAUCAAGAAGGAGCUGCCCACGUUGCAGCUGAAGGAGCCUCCGCCGUCGGUGCUGGAGGCCGACCUCACCGAAUUCGACGUGGCCAACUCCCACCUGCCCUCCGAAGUGCUCUACAUGCUCAAAAACGUGCGGGUGCUGGGUCACUUCGAGAAGCCCUUGUUCCUGGAGCUCUGCAAGCACAUGGUCUUCCAGCAGUUCCAGCAAGGGGACUACGUUUUCCGGCCGGGGCAGCCGGAUAGCAGCAUCUACGUGCUGCAGGACGGCAAGUUGGAGCUCUUCCUCACGGAGCCGGUAGGAGGAAGGGCGCGGGAGAUGGGAGAAGGCGGCGCCGACGAGGGCCGGGAGAGCGCGCCCAGGACGCCCGAGGCGCCCCGGGAGCUGGGCGACCCGCUGAAGGUGCCGGGGCUGGAGCCCCCCGCGCCGCCCUUGCUCAGCCGCUGCAUCUCCAUGCCCGUGGAUAUCUCCGGCAUCCAGAAAGGGCCCCGCUCCGACUUCGACAUGGCCUACGAGCGCGGGCGCAUCUCGGUGUCGCUGCAGGAGGACGGCGCCGGCGGCCUCGCCUCCUUCUCCAGGUCCAUCUCCCACGAGCCCAAGGAGCGCAAGUCGGUGACGGUGGAGGAGCAGCCGUCGGGCGUCUACCACUACAACGGCGGCGAGGACGAGCCCAUGAGCGGGGACAGUCCCUUCGGGCCCUGCCCGGGCCGCCAGGGCAGCGGCGUCUUCGAGGCGGCCAAGCGGGAGCUCGUGAAGCUCAUGAAGGUGGAGGACCCGUCGCUGCUCAACAACCGCGUGCUGCUCCAUCACGCCAAGGCCGGCACCGUCAUCGCCCGCCAAGGGGACCAGGACGUGAGCCUCCACUUCGUGCUCUGGGGCUGCCUCCACGUGUACCAGCGGAUGAUCGACAAGGCGGAGGACGUGUGCCUCUUCCUGACGCAGCCCGGCGAGAUGGUGGGCCAGCUGGCCGUGCUCACCGGCGAGCCCCUCAUCUUCACCAUCAAGGCCAACCGCGACUGCACCUUCCUCAAGAUCUCCAAGUCGGACUUCUACGAGAUCAUGCGGGAGCAGCCCAGCGUGGUGCUGAGCGUCGCCCACACCGUGGCCGCCCGCAUGUCGCCCUUCGUGCGCCAGAUGGACUUCGCCAUCGACUGGAUGGCGGUGGAGGCCGGGCGGGCGCUCUACAGGCAGGGCGACAAGUCGGACUGCACCUACAUCGCGCUCAACGGGCGCCUGCGCUCCGUCAUCCAGAAGGGCAGCGGCAAGAAGGAGCUCAUCGGCGAGUACGGCCGCGGGGACCUCAUCGGCGUGGUGGAAGCACUCACGCGGCAGCCGCGGGCCACCACGGUCCACGCGGUGAGGGACACGGAGCUGGCCAAGCUGCCCGAGGGCACCUUGAACAACAUCAAGCGCAGAUACCCCCAGGUUGUCACCCGCCUCAUCCACCUGCUGAGCCAGAAGAUCCUGGGAAACCUGCAGCAGCUCCGGGGCCCCUUCGCAGGCUCCAGCUUGGGCAUGGCCUCCAGCUCGGAGCCCACCAACCCCACCAGCAACCUGUCAACAGUGGCAGUGCUGCCCGUGUGCGACGACGUGCCCAUGGCUGCCUUCACCUUGGAGCUCAAGCACGCGCUCAAUGCCAUCGGUCCCACCCUGCUCCUCACCAGCGAUAUCAUCCGUGCCCGGCUCGGCUCAUCAGCACUGGACAGCAUCCACGAGUACCGCCUGUCGGGCUGGCUGGCCCAACAAGAAGACAUCCACCGCAUCGUGCUCUACCAAACCGACUGCACCCUGACGCCCUGGACCGUGCGCUGCAUCCGGCAGGCCGACUGCAUCCUCAUCGUGGGGCUGGGAGAGCAGGAGCCGGCGCUGGGCGAGCUGGAGCAGAUGCUGGAGAACACGGCGGUGCGGGCRCUGAAGCAGCUGGUGCUGCUGCACCGCGAGGACGGCGCCAGCCCCUGCCGCACCGUCGAGUGGCUCAACAUGCGCAGCUGGUGCUCGGGCCACCUGCACCUCAGGUGUCCCCGGCGCGUCUUCUCCCGCCGCAGCCCCACCAAGCUGAGAGAGAUGUACGAGAAGGUGUUUGAGAAGAACGCCGACCGGCACAGCGACUUCUCCCGCCUGGCGCGGGUGCUCACGGGCAACACCAUCGCCCUCGUGCUGGGUGGUGGCGGUGCCAGGGGCUGCUCGCACAUCGGGGUGCUCAAGGCGCUCGAGGAGGCCGGCAUCCCCGUGGACCUCAUCGGCGGCACCUCCAUCGGCUCCUUCAUCGGCGCCCUCUAUGCCGAGGAGCGCAGCGCCGUGCGCACCAAGCAGCGGGCCCGCGAGUGGGCCAAGUGCAUGAACUCGGUGUUCGAGACCGUCUUGGACCUCACCUACCCCAUCACCUCCAUGUUCUCGGGCUCGGCCUUCAACGGCAGCAUCAAGAAGGUCUUCCAGGACAAGCAGAUCGAGGACCUGUGGCUGCCCUACUUCAACGUGACCACGGACAUCACGGCCUCGGCCAUGCGGGUGCACACGGACGGCAGCGUGUGGCGCUCGGUGCGCGCCAGCGCCUCGUACCCCCCUUACCUGCCGCCGCUCUGCGACCCCAAGGACGGCCACUGGCUCGUGGACGGCUGCUAUGUUAACAAUGUCCCAGGCUCGCUCUGGCGCUACGUGCGGGCCAGCAUGACCCUCUCGGGCUACCUGCCGCCCCUCUGCGACCCCAAGGACGGCAACUUGCUCAUGGACGGCGGGUACAUCAACAACCUGCCAGCCGACAUCGCCCGCAACAUGGGUGCCAAGACGGUCAUCGCCAUCGACGUGGGCAGCCAGGACGAGACCGACCUGUGCAACUACGGGGACAGCCUCUCGGGGUGGUGGCUCCUCUGGAAGCGCCUCAACCCUUGGGCUGAAAAAGUCAAGGUCCCCGACAUGGCCGAGAUCCAGUCGCGCUUGGCCUACGUGUCGUGCGUGCGGCAGCUGGAGGUGGUCAAGUCGAGCUCCUACUGCGAGUACAUCCGGCCGCCCAUCGACCGCUUCAAGACCAUGGAUUUCGGCAAGUUCGACGAGAUCUACGAYGUGGGCUACCAGCAUGGCAAGGUGGUCUUUGAUGGCUGGAGCCGCGGGGACAUCAUCGAGAAGAUGGUGAAGGACCGGCGCUCGGCCGACUUCUACGAGAGCAAGCGCAUGGAC